UUGAAACUACACGCCCCAUUAUCAGACUACAUGAAUUUGACAGCCUUCACGUGAGGAACUGGUUUGUUGACUUGGAUUUGCCACUGGACAAGGACUGAUUUUAAGCAUUUCUUCUGAAGAGUAUGUUUGCUUAAAAACAGAGAAUUCUAAACGUUUGCGGCAUGUAACUACGCCAGGCUUUGAGCUGCUUUUAUAGUGUAAUUAUGGAAGUCCCGAAGUUUUUGCUCAAGUCGGUCACAGCGCAAUUGUGAACGUUCUUGGCGUCUUUCUUGUUACACUCAAGAAAAGUAAUUUAGUCGCCGAAACGGACAGGCAUUAUCUUUAGUACAAUAAACUAACAUACUCAACUUCCUGAAUGGAAACGGAACCACUGCUCGAUGGGAGUAUAAACCGCGAUCGGGGAUCGGGAGACUAUGGUUCUCGCCCUGACAGUACUCACCUCUGCGAAGAAAGUGUGACAGCAAAGCGGUUGUCAUACUCAGUGCCUGGAGAUCCUUGCUGUAUCGAGGGGGGUGAUGCAGACCUCCACAUUCAGCAAGCUGUGGUAUUCAUCGAGGAUGCCAUACAGUAUCGAUCCAUCAAUCAUCGCGUGGAUUCAAGAUCGCUGAGAAUUUACAGAUGGUACUAUUCCAGGAUCUGUCAAUGGGGGCUGGGUGCAACUAUCGCCGUCAUUCUGGCCCUGGCCUUCUUCGAGAAGCCCUCAUCCCUGUCAAGGACAUCUGAUCUCCGCUACAAAGAGCCCCACUGGGAGCCCCCCUGCGGCCUGACCGAGAGCAUCGAGAUGGUCUGCUUCAUCGUUUUUGCCUUGGACCUCGCCGUGAAGAGUUAUCUGAUUGGCUGGGAUGAGUUCCGGAAGAACAAAUGGCUGAUUGGCUACACUGUAGUCAUUGCAGUGUCCGUCAUGGAUUGGACAUUGUCAGUGAGCAUGGUUUGUGAUGAGAGGUUAAGAAUCAGAAGACUUCUUCGUCCGUUCUUCCUCCUUCAAAAUUCAUCACUGAUGAAGAAAACUUUAAAAUGCAUCAAAAGGACACUGCCAGAAAUUGCAAGUGUGAUCCUGCUCUUGGCUCUUCACCUGUGUCUCUUCACCAUGUUCGGCAUGCUGCUCUUCGCUAGGGGAGAGGAUCCAGAAAAGAAUGGGGAGUGGAGCACUUACUUCAGAAACCUACCCCAGUCCCUCACAUCUUUAUUGGUGCUUCUAACUACUGCAAACAACCCAGACGUGAUGAUCCCAGCCUACUCUUUAAACAGAGGAUACGCUAUCUUCUUCAUCCUCUUCAGUGGGUUUGGAACCUACUUCCUAAUGAACUUGCUCACUGCUAUCAUCUACAACCAGUUCAGGGGAUACUUACUGAUGUCCGUCCAGGCGUCCAUCCUAAGGAGGCGGCUGGGCAUUCGGGCAUCCUUUGAGGUGCUGUGCUGUAAGGGCCAGGACACAGCCCCCACUGAGCAGCAGUGCACUGGUGUGCAGGUGGAGACAGUGCUGCAGGUGUUGAAGCGGGUCCAGAUGAAGUCCUACUACAGACGCGGCAUCGUCACGAAAGUCCAGCAGUUUCCCGAGGGCUGUGUCGACGGCGAGGGUUUUCAGAAGUUGUUUGAUGAGCUGGACAAAGACAGGAUCAAAGAGCAUCCUCCCUUGCCAGAGUACAGCUCCCCACUCCUGCAGAAGCUCCAGUUCAUCUUCAGCCAUUACUACGUGACUGUGGCAGGAAACAUUGUGGCCCUGGCCAACAUGAUCUGCAUCUGUGUCAUCCUCGUGAUUGAGUCGAAUAAGUCAGUCUCAGAGCGGGAUGACUACUUCCUGGAGGCCAUCAACUGUUUCUUCAUUGCAUUCUACCUGCUUGAGAUGGUGCUGAAGAUAUUUGCUUUUGGAUGGUGGGGGUACCUGUCUUACAGAAACAAUAUCUUUGACGGGUUAAUGACGGUCCUUCUGCUGGUUUUCCAGAUCUCCAUAUUUGCCACAUACAGAUUUCCAUAUCCACACUGGAACCCAGCUACACGAGGCCUGCUGUCGCUCUGGGAGAUGGUGCGUCUGGUCAACAUGCUAAUCGUCUUCCGAUUCCUCAGGAUCAUCCCCAACAUAAAGCUAAUGGCCCUCGUAGCCAGUACUCUUCUGGACCUAGUGAAAAACCUGAGAGCCUUCGCUGGUAUCUUAGUGGUGGUGUACUAUGUGUUUGCUGUCCUUGGAAUAUGGCUGUUUGAGGGAGCCAUCCCUGCUCCACGCAAUAGCAGCAUGGUCACCAACUCCAGCACAGGAAACGGCACUGCCAACUACACCGCAGAAUGUGGAACAUACGAACAGCUGGGAUACUGGCCAAACAACUUUGAUGACUUCGCCUCCACGCUGGUGCUCCUCUACAACGUCAUGGUGGUGAACAACUGGCAGGUGUUCAUGGAUGUCUACUCCAGAUACACCACAGGGUGGUCAAAGCUUUACUUUGUCUGCUGGUGGCUGACCUCGUCUGUCAUGUGGGUGAACCUGUUUGUGGCCUUGAUCUUGGAGAACUUCAUCUACAAGUGGGACCGGAGCACUGAGUGUUCUGUGUCAGACGUGGAGAGGACUAGAUUCCGGACUACAGUCCAGCAUAUGUUUCGAGAGCACAUCCAGGAGCCAACAGAGGAGGAACUGGUCUCCCAGCUCUGCCAGCACCCCCACCUCCAUCUCCCGCGGUGACAGCCGGCCACUGCUGUCACCCUCUGUCCCUGCUCCAUGUGGCUCAGGCUCGCCCGGCAGCAGAAAGGCGAGGGUGAUGAUGUCAGUGGGAGGGGAAGUCUGAAGGGGACCAGUCAGUGCUGUGAUCAACAGCCACAGCAGAGUAGCCAGUGCAAUAUUCCACACAAGGAUUUACCACUAGUCAGCCAGCCACUAGGCACAAUAGUCACUGAGCUCAGUGGUUUAAUGACCAAAGGUGGGAAAUAUCAUGGCAAUAUAAGACUAGUGUACUUUAUUCUCAGAAGUUUUUAAAAUAUUUUCUUUAUCAGACAUAGUCUGAUAUCAAUAUAUGUUCUGAAUACAGAACAUAUUUCAUUAACUAAAACCCAAGUCAUCCAAAGUUUGUUUGACAGGAGUGUUUUUAUGUGUAAUCAUGACUUCUCUGUAUUUGGUGCAUUGGGUGCUAUCAAGUUUAGUCAGGUCAGGUUUAGUCAAAUGAUGGCUUUUGUGACAAAUUCAGCCUAUCUUAAGACAUGCAUUGAUAUCUGCAAAAGUAUUUGAGGAGAUGGAUUAUCAUUUCAUUUUUAACUGUCAUAUUUUUUAUUGGACAUGGACAUAACAGUGCAAAUGGAUUUUGUAAUGAAGGAAUCUUAUUUUAAGUGAGGGAUGUUUCAGAUGAAACUAGGAAUGUGAAAAUGGAACCUGAUUUUAGUUGUCUUGACUACUAAACCUGUUCUGCUGGGUACAUGUUUUACUUUUAUUUGAGUUUGUUGUGCCUGUUAUUACAAUGUA